AUGUCUGGCGAGAAAGUCCUUGAGGGGAUUCUCCCCGUUCACAAGCCGCAAGGCGUUACCUCUGCCGAUGUACUUCGCACUCUCCAAAAGCACUUCAACCCCUCCAAAACCUUCAAGCCAUGGCUCGACGCAGAGAAGGCUCGACUCAGCCAAGACCCCUCCUACCAGAAGAAGCGCCGUCGCAACAAGAAGCCUAUGGAUGUCAAGAUUGGACACGGAGGCACAUUGGACCCUCUUGCGACGGGCAUUCUGAUCGCUGGCAUUGGAAAGGGAACCAAGGUGCUUUCCGAGUUCUUGGGAUGCACCAAGUCCUAUGAAACGGUCGUUUUGUUCGGCGCGGAGACAGACUCGUACGAUUGCCUGGGGAAAGUCGUUCGCCGAGCUCCAACGGAACACAUCACACGCGAGAAGGUCGAGGAGGCGCUUGAACAAUUCCGAGGGAAAAUCAUGCAGCGCCCACCUAUUUUCUCCGCAUUGAGAGUGGAUGGUAAAAAGCUAUAUGAGUAUGCGCGCGCGGGCAAGAUGCCCCCGGUUGAGAUCAAGUCCCGGCCAGUAGAGACGGUUUCGCUGGAGCUGGUGGAUUUCUAUGAGCCUGGCACGCACGAGUUCAAGUGGCCCGAGGCUGAGAUGACCGGCGAUGAGAAAACUGUGGCAGAAAAGCUUCUGGACAAGGACGCUUCAUUACCUAUUACUACUGCUGCUGCAGAGGAGACCGCCGAUCAAGGAACCGAGUCAUCAAACAAGCGCAAGUCGCCGCCACCCGCCGAUUCCCCGAAAGAAGGACUGGAGGGGGAUCAAGGAGCCGCGAAGAAACAGAAAGCUGACGGUGGAGAAGCGCAGCCUGUUGCCCCCGAGCCAGGAAACGAAGAUAACGAAGAUACACCUGCCACAAAGUCCGAGAAGCCUCAUUCUCAGCCACCGGCAGUCAAGCUCAAAAUGACCGUGACAUCGGGAUUCUAUGUCCGCUCUUUAGCGCAUGAUCUCGGUAAGGCGCUCGGCAGCUGUGGUCUCAUGAGCUCCCUUGUUCGCAGCCGACAAGGUGAUUACGAGCUAGACCCUGAAAAGGUCCUUGAGUACAAGGAUUUGGAAGCCGGCGAAGAGGUUUGGGGGCCCAAGGUCACCAGGUUUCUAACAGAGUGGGAGGAGAAGCGGGCCGCAAAGGCGGCGAGCGAGGCUGAGAAGUAA